GACACAACAUAUACACUGUAAGCAUCAACAUGGCCGAUGAGACGGGGAAAGUUCCCGAUACUGUUGAGGUUACAAAAGAUGUUCUGGCACCAGCAGAUGGUCCCAGAGAAAAUCUUAUAAGUACUGCUGUAAAGUUCUUGCAGAAUCCCAAAGUCCAGCAAAGUCCAUUGUAUCAGAGGAAGGCAUUUCUUGAAAAGAAAGGUCUCACCAAAGAAGAGAUAGAUCUUGCUGUGCAGAAGGCAGGGGUAACAGACCUAGUCACACCCCCGGCCCAACCGACACAGUACCCCCCGGGACCGUUCCAGCAGGCACUUGCUGUGCAGCCUCCGCUUCAAGCGCCUCUGCCAUCAACAUGGGUGCGUGUGAAGGAUUUCACUACCACAGCUCUCAUCAUAUCCAGCAUCUCAUAUGCUGUGUACCGAAUGUAUCAGUUGUACAUAAGGCCCUGGCUCCAGGGUAAGUCGGCCCAGGAUGACAGUCGUAUGGAUCGUCUGGAGCAGCAGCUGGUGGAGCUGCAGAACCUGAACCAGAACAUGGUCCAGGUCCAGGAGACGCUGAAGUCCAUUCAGGAGUCGCUGACCACACAGCAGACAUCUUUGACAGCAAUCUCUAACACAGGAGAGGGUUCUCACACUGCUGUGAAGAGUAAAGACACAGACCUCCUGCAGGAUGUGAAGACCGAAAUAUCCUCACUGAAGGGUUUGUUACUCAGCAGGCGUCAGUUUCCCCCAGUUCCACAGACGUCGCCAGUGCUUCCGUCAUGGCAGAUGUCAACAUCCUCUACAACGCUGUCAUCUAGUGACAGUUCCUCUAGCCAAUCAAAUGGCACAGAGACAAGUUCCAGUAAUAAUAUGUUGGGGGUAGCAUGUGAAGAAGAUGUAAGAUUGCCUGGAACACAGGGAGACAACUCUAGCAGCAUUCAGGAGCAGAUAAACUCUGAUUCUGGAAGAGUUUUAGUCUCAGAAGUUACGAGUACUGACCAAUCUCAGAUGAAUGGAUUGGAGGUCAAGGGUGAUGAGCCUCAAUCUGGUAAUGAGCCUCAUUCUGGUAAUGACAACUUCAGCAAAACAAAAGAUCAUUCAGAAGAGGAGGCGGCAAGUCAAGCUAUUUCAUCUUCAUGAAAUCUAUGAUCAUCAGUCCUGUGAAAAAAGCUUGUGAAUUUGGUAACGGUCCAUUAUCCAAACUCGAGAAUUCUGGACAAUUUGAAGUUGAUUUCUCUUUCAACCAAAGAUGAAGACAUUUGUACCUUGUCAGUGAGAAGCAGUUGGUUAAGUGAGGUAUCACAUGGAUUGAGAGAUGAACUGGAAAAAGGUCUUCCCAAGUGCAUUUAAUCUGAUUACUGCUGUGGAACAUGGAUUCAGCUUUUUGGAACAGGAAGACUGAUUCCAAAUAAUUAUAAGGAACACUGAUAAUCCACCUUGCAAUUUUUGUUUGCUUGUUCCUGUUGUGUUUGUUGUAAUUAACGGGCCAGUGUGUCGACACUUCUGAAGUAUUGUUUGCAAAUCAACUCCAAGUUUACUCACUUUAUGCUGCAAGAGAUGUUUCGGCUUGAUUGUCUACACCACUCAGGGAUUUACGGGACGUGAAUUUCUGCGUCCUAUACACGUAAGAAUUGACAAUGGACACAACAAAAUUUAUUAGCGCGGCCACAGGGACGCAGAAAAAGUCUAAAUACUUUUUGUAGAAUUUCCAAUCAAGUAACCAUAAGUUAUCACUGAGUUUGCUACUAGCUGGGUUAUGGUAUCGUUUGCAAUUUGAUUACUGUAACAGUUUAAGUGAUAAUACAAUAACAGUAUUAAUAGUAAUAUUUAAGUGUCUGGGACCACCAUUUUGUUGUCCAGGACCCCUGAAAAUUAAGAGUAUGAGUCCAAGGGACCCUCAAAUACAGGACUCAAGGUAUAUCCCUGACCCCUGAUGUAGUCUGAUCACAGGAUCUGACUUUUCUGUUGUUUAUAAAUAAAUACUUAUAUUCUGAAAUACGAGCAGACAGGUCUAAUGCAAGCCUUUCAGUACCUCCUUACAUAUCGUAACUACGAUAGUGAGGGUGAAGUGUAUGAUAAUUUUUCUUCAUCAACGACAGAUUAGGGAGCUGUACAACCAGAUUAAAUGAAAGAUAGAUACUCAAAUGAAAUAAUGAAUGUUUCACUCUUCAGGACAUUUUCUCAGUGAAAAUUCCAGAUUUUGUGACAUAUUUAUUUACAAGUGUUGAGUCAUCAAAAUAGUAUACAUAUACAGACAAACUUUAUGGAUAAACAACUUCUUUAUUCGGUAGAUGAGACGUUUCGAUACACGUCCUUGUUGUUUCAGUUAAUUAUUUACUGUAUAUAUAUAUAGCCCCUGUUUUUCUACCUUACUCAUACAUGCUUGACAACGAUACAAGAAUCUGUAUCGAAAAGUCGCAUCUACCGAAUAAAGAAGUUGUUUAACCAUAAAGUUUGCCUGUAUAUUACUCUCCAACUUCUAAACAAUGCCACUCAAAGAAGUCAUCAAAAUAGUAUUCAAUAUGUUUAAUAGACUACUAAUGUGGUAUGGCAACAAUAAUACCCAAAAGGAUCUCUGGGUAUUAUCGUGAGCUGCAAAGUGACUUCAUGACACCAAGGUGUAUUUAUUGUUUCAUGUAUAUAUGUUUUGCCUAAUCAAACUGGCAAUGAGUAUUUUGUAAUUCAUUUGUGAAGAAAAACAUGCAAGAUUUCUUGUCAGUUUGUGCCUUAAAACAUGAGUUAUAGUACAGAUUGCUGUAGUAGUUGAGUUAGAGAAUUGAUUUGUGCACUCUUAUAAUUAUCAAACACCUUUAUAUGUUGACAUACUGGCGAUUUAAACUUCCAAAUGUAUAUAUGUUUCAUUUGCUUUAAUCAGAGUUAAAUUCGCCCCUGCGUACAACAUACCCUUGUGGCUAAUUGUAUGGCUGUGCGUGCAACGAAUAUCAAUCAUUCUGUUGAUGUGACUUUGUGUGUCCCUUUGUGCUUAAGUAUUAUAUUUGCAUAUUGAUUUGAAUUUAAAAUUUAAUUUGAAUUUAAAAUUUAAUCAUUUGUUUCUACUUCAUGAUUCAUAUGCAUUUUCCAUUCAGAUUAAUUUCAAUACUUUUGUGAUGGUUUUGACACAGUCCUAGUAAAAAUAUGUGGAGAAGGGGAUUUGUUGGUCAGAAUGGUGGCAUUGUGUGGAGAGAACAAACAAAGGUGAAUGUCUUGUGUUAACUUUGAGUUGUGAUUGUUACCCGGUAUCCUACCUGCAGUGUUGAUUACUGUUCAUGUUAUUGGUCAACUAACUCAAAGCCCAGAUAGUAUGUGAUUGACUCUCAUGUGAGUGUGUGAGUGAAGAUGAAAUAAUUGGUCCCCAAGACUACGUGGUCAAACACCUGGAAUUCCAUGUUAGCUUGUAAGAAGUGAAUGUAUGAAAUGGGUGGUCAGUGGAGGGAACUUGGUUGAGUGUGUGGCAUCAUACCCAGACAGGUUGAAUCGUUGCUCAUGAUGUCAAUCACUGGAUUGUAUGGUUGGCUGGUUUGUUGUUUAAUGCCGCACUUAACAAUAUUCCAGCUAUAUGGCAUCAGAUAGUCUGGUCCAGACACAAUUAUUUUCCUGUCUGCCAUCACACUGGACUGGGGCGGUGGGGUAGCCUAGCGAUUAAAGCGUUGGCUCGUCACCCGAAGACCCGCGGGUUCGAAUCCCCACAUGGGUACAAUGUGUGAAGCCCAUUUCUGGUGUCCCCCGCCGUGAUGUUGCUGGAAUAUUGCUAAAACCAAACUCAGUCAGUCAGUCACACUGGACUAUUGCUGGAAGUUUGGCAUUAGACAACCAUCGAAACAGGUAGUGUGUCUGAAGAUUGUUCACUUUGCAGACUGCAAUCAUUGGAUGCUGUAAGUAGAAUAAUUGAGACUAACACAUUGUCAGUUCACCCACAAUCAUCUUAGUUUACCUACUGAUCAUACUGUUAAUGGUUGAUCAUAUUAAUUGGUUGCUAUGCAAUUCUGUCAUGAUCCUGAUAUUAUUUCUGUUCAUAAUAUUAUCAAUGUUCAUUAUCACAGGGAGUCCACAUAUUUACUACUACAGCUACCAUAUUUCUAUUCAGGUUAUCAUGACUGAUUUCUCGUACCCAGAAAAUUUCAGUUGGAAUAAUGUUACAUUUGUUUCAGUCAAGUUCAUCACAGCUAAUGUGCUGUCAUGGGAAAGGCCGGAGGGUGAUAGGGAAGGUUGCAACAAUUUGAGAUGAGUGAAUGAGUGAAUAUUGUUUUAAGCUGUUUUAGCAAUAUUCCUGUAGUAUGACGGCUGGUGACACCAGAGAUGGACUUCACACAUUGUACCCAUGUGGGAAUUUAACCAUUUGGCUAUCCAGCCAUCCCUAUUUAAGACAAGAAGUAGUUACAUUUGUAAUGUUUGAUCAUGCAUGGCAAGGGAGUGUGGAACUAUGUGGCAAUGUGGCAUGUGUCAUUGGGCCGGGUGUGUUAAUGAUUUGUUUGGGCCUUUUAAAUGUUGGCUUCUAAUGGAUGCCUCAAUGCCAUACGUUUAUAAGUCUUUCAAUACAGAGAUGUAUACAAUAAAAGGGUUCACUUUA